AUGACUACUAGUCUUCUACUGAGGGCUUUUCCAGCUUCAAGCCAUUUGGCACAGAAACUUAUAGAGACAUACGCCCAACGACCUCAAGCACAAGUCCUCUUGCCGAUUUCUGGGGUACCAAAUUCAACUUCAGAAACAACCAGUCUGGGGCCUCAUAUCAGUUGCAACAUGCCUCCGUCCAAGAUCUCCAGCGUGGCCAAGAGUUCCCGUGUGGGCAAGAAGGCGGCCACCACUGGUGUACCUCGAAGCAAGUCAGCCGGGGCCGCAUCUUUUAAAAAGAAACAGGGACGCGCCUCGGCUAAAAAGAAAGAGACUCUCAAGCCGGCUGAGGCUACAGUCGUCAUCGCAGGCCAUAAGAGAACCAUUGCCGUUGUCGAAGAAGACAGCAAUGAUGAUGACACAAUUCAACCCAUCAAACGACGCAGAGCGGGCGGUAACACCAACGCUUACGAUUACCACGCUGUUCGCGAGAAGCCUCCGCCGCGUGAUUACGGAGCAACCUUUGCGAGGAAGUCGACGGCCCGUUUCACUUGGGGCGCUCCUGACUUCCCUCCUCCUCCCCCCCAGUCUCAACUUGCUCGCAACAAGGACAAAGAGGUAGUUCGCCCCGGAAGCUGGCAGGCGAGAGCAAAGUCCAGCCGCUACAGCGGCAUCUUAUCAAGAACAGCUACCCCGGAGUCAGAGCCGGAGCCGGAGCCCGAGAGCCGCACUUGCCCCUUUCUUCGAAUCCCCCUUGAGAUCAGGGAGGAUAUCUACAAGUACAUCUUGGUCGCCGACGAGCCCAUUCGAGUCCGGCAGGGUUGGUCUGCAGUCUACCCCCGGAACAGACCAGGCAUCCGCACCGACCUCCUCCUAACCUGCCGGCAGGUCAGAAGGGAGGCGCUCAACACCCUCUACGGCGAGAACACAUUCCUCUACCUCCUCCGCGACGCCGCAGAACCCCCUGCGCUGAACGCGCAGGGCGAGAACGAAAUCGUGGUCCAGCACCCGCUCGCCAACGACGCCCUCUCCGACUACGAGGCAGACAGCGCAGACGAGUACUCCGAUGACGACGACCGCCUCCCCGCAUCGUCUUCUUCCCUGGACAACAACUACACGGGAACCGAGAUCGAUGUCCGCCGCUUCGGUCACAAGUUCCGCAAGCUCAUGAUCGUCGCCGAGCCCAACCGCGCCGAGGCGUCGUACCGCCUCAGCAUGGCCAACGCCAUCGACGUCUUCCGUCUCCUGCGGCCCAUCCGCCCGCGCAUCCACACCCUCACCAUCGACAUCACGCCCCAGCGCGACCCGGGCACGGGUGACCUCUCCUUUCUCGACUUCUUCGAGCGGUCCUCCGAGGUCGUGCGCACGCUCCGCGGCCUGCCAUGCCAGUUCAUCGAGAUUCUCGUCAACACGGGCGUUAGCAGCAGCGGUGUCGGCGGCGAUGGCGAAGGUAACCAAGAAAAGCGAGGCCAAGAGAAGAUCCGCCUCAACAUGAAGUACGCGGCCAACAUCCGGCGCGCCAAGCGCGGCGAGAAGGACCUGUGGCGGGACGACCGGGUCAUGCAGUCGUACCGCAGCGCCAAGGCGGGCGAGGCGCAGAGGAAGCUCGAGUCGUUGCCGGCUGCGAUUCGCAAGAUUUGGGAGGGCUCGAAUGGGCGGUUCAAGCGCCGGCGGGUGGACUUUGAUGACGAUGAUGAUUGUGAUGACUAUGGGGAGUUUUUUCUUUUUCAGGAUGAUGACUUUUGA